UCAAAUAAUGGAUCUGCAAACAGCUCCGGCAAGAGUCAUAAAAGUUUUUGGUCGCAUUGGCGCACGGGGCGUUUUAACUGAGGUCCGUGUGCAAUUGUUAAAAUAUCCGCGCAUUCAAAUGCUGCGAGCUGUUAAAGGUCCCGUUCGUUUGGGUGACAUUAUCACCAUUAAAGAUACAUAAGUAUUAAAAUCAAAAUAUUUUGUAACAAAAUUAUAAGUAUUCGGUGUAUGGGGGGCUCGUGCAAAAAGAAAUGGAUUCUGCAAUUUGGCAAAAAUCCGGACGCCGGAUUUUGUUGACGAACACGGUCAACUUAGAAAUUUAAAUAAUUAUUAGAUGCAUGAAUAAAUAAAUACAGUAACGUAAAUAACGAAUAACUUAACACAA